AUGCCCCGACCGCAGAUAUGCAAGCUGUGGAGCCGCCAGCACCACCAGCAGCGGCGAAGGGCCUCGACAUCGACAAUCAAGGCCGUCAAUGCCAAGUUCGAAGUCGUCGACCACGUGUACGACGCGGUGGUGGUGGGAGCUGGCGGCGCAGGCCUCCGCGCAGCGGUCGGGCUCGUGGAGGCCGGGCUCGACACGGCGGUGGUGACGAAACUGUUUCCGACGCGGUCACACACGGUGGCUGCGCAGGGGGGGAUCAAUGCCGCGUUGGGCAACAUGCACGACGACGACUGGCGCUGGCACAUGUACGACACGGUCAAGGGCUCCGACUGGCUCGGCGACCAGGACGCCAUCCAUUACAUGUGCCGCGAGGCGGCUCGCGCGGUGCGUGAGCUCGAGGAGUACGGCAUGCCGUUCAGCCGCACCGAGGCCGGCACCAUCUACCAGCGGCCGCUGGGCGGGCAGAGCCUUAAGUUCGGCACGGGAGGACAGGCUCAUCGUACGGCUUGUGUGGCCGACCGGACAGGCCACGCGAUGCUGCACGCGCUGUACGGCCAGGCGUUGAAACACGACUGCUUGUUCCACAUUGAGUGGUUCGCGCUGGAUCUUAUGAUGGAGGGUGGUGCUUGUAUCGGGCUAACGGCGCUGGACAUGGAGACUGGGACGUUGCAUCGCGUUUUUGCGCGGAAUACCAUCCUCGCGACGGGAGGUUAUGGACGGUGUUAUUUCAGCGCUACGUCGGCACAUACGUCGACGGGGGAUGGGCUGGCCAUGGUGGCGAGGGCGGGCUUGCCUCUUCAGGACAUGGAGUUUGUGCAGUUCCACCCCAGCGGGAUAUACGGAGCUGGGGUCCUGAUCUCUGAAGGCGCCAGGGGGGAAGGAGGCUAUCUACUCAACGGGGAGGGUGAGCGGUUCAUGGAGAGGUACGCGCCGACAGCGAAGGACUUGGCGAGCCGUGAUGUCGUCAGUCGGAGCAUGAAUAUGGAGAUCAGAGAAGGGCGCGGAUGUGGGCCCCAAAAGGACCAUAUCUUCCUCCAGUUGUCCCAUUUGCCCAAGGAGAUUCUCAUGGAGAGAUUGCCCGGCAUUGCAGAGACGGCUAGUAUAUUCUCGGGCGUCGAUAUCACGAAGCAGCCGAUCCCCGUCCUGCCGACGGUGCACUAUUGCAUGGGUGGCAUACCUACUAACUGGAAGGGCCAGGUCCUUGAUGUUGAUCCGAGCAGUGGCAAGGAGACCGUUGUCAGCGGAUUGUAUGCGGCGGGCGAGGCGGCCUGUGUGUCCGUGCACGGCGCGAAUCGUUUGGGAGCAAAUAGCCUGCUGGACAUCGUGGUGUUCGGAAGAGCCGCUGCAGGACAUAUUGCUGAGAACAACGAGAAAGGCAUGCCAUUCCUCAGGAACGGCGGGCGCGUCUCGUCGGAAACUGGUGUCGAAGGCUUUGUCGACCUCGAACAUUACCGCCACGCAGACGGGACGAAGUUAACGUCCGAGCUGAGAGCCGACAUGCAGAAGGCAAUGCAGACCGAUGUGGCGGUGUUCAGGAACCAGGACAGCCUCACCACCGGUCUCAACAGUCUAAGCCAGGUGGAGCAGACAUUCCGUUCUGACCUCUGCGUCAAGGACAAGAGCCUCAUCUGGAACUCGGACCUCGUGGAAACGCUCGAGUUGAGGAACCUGUUGACCUGUGCUGCGCAGACGGCGAAAAGCGGUCUGGAGAGAAAAGAAUCGCGUGGCUCUCAUGCCCGAGAGGAUUUCACGGAGAGAGACGACCAGAGAUUCAUGCGACACAGCUUGAGCUGGCAGAAGGACACUGGAGACGAAAUCACCAUUGGAUACCGGGAUGUGGUUUUCGAAACUCUUGAUCAGAACGAGUGUGAGACAGUGCCCCCGAAGAAGAGGUCAUAUUAG